UGCGGGGCUCGAACCCACGGACCAUGAGAUCAUGACCCCAGCCGAAGUUGGACGCUUCACCGACUGAGCCACCCAGGCGCCCAGAAAAAACCUUUUUUAAAAAUUAAGAGUUGAGGUCCAGUGGAUAGAGGGGACAGAUGUGUCACAAAGCAAAAAGCAAACAGCAAAGUGGUUACAAUAAAAUCUAGGCAGUGAGUAUAUGGAUGUUCCCUGUAAAAUUCUCUCCUUUUUUCUGAACGUCUGAAAACUUUCACAGUAGAAUGUUGGUGGGGGCGGGAAUAUCCGAGAGCCCUUCUGUGGUCUGGGAAGGGAGGAAGAGAGGACGGCUGUAAUACGAUGGCACGUUUACAGAGUGCCUACCAUGGGUGGAGCUCUUGUCCAGACACGGGGUUGUUACUCAACUGGUCCGCGUCUGUAUUAUGGCAGCACCGGUUGUCAAAAUCUGAAGUGUUUCUGUAUCACUUGGUAAAUAGCUGUCGGUUUGGGUCCUCCCCUUGUCCCGUCCCCACCAGGACACACGGGCCUUCCUUCUGGGAUCCCCACAUCUCCCCACCAGCCAGCUGCUAAAGAACUGACACCUGGCACAGCGAGGGGCCUUGGGCCCAUUCUGAUCGGUCAGGGUCUCUGCUAUAUCGUGAAUAUUACCCCUGGAUUGGAGCAGCCUUGAACUUUACCUUCCUCCCUGCCAGAGGCCAGACCAUGGCUUGCUGGCCUCCCGCAUCCUGAGGAUGGCCCAGCCGGAGGACAAGGCCUCUGCAGGCCUCAUCGACGGGGAGAGGAUGGUUCCACCACAGAUGAAUGGAGCAGGUGAGACCCCCUUAGGGGUCCUCGGGACCCCAGAGCCACUCCUUCGCCUGCAGAGGACACGGGGGGUGUGGCAGAUCCCAGAGCUGGCUACUCAGGAUGCGGGAACCCUUCUUGAGCUGUGGCCACCGGGGAGUUUCCUGGUCACAGGACACAACUCCAGCCAGGUCCUGGUGUUGAGGACAGGAGCUUCACCAGGAGAAGUCUGCACCUACCAGAUCCAGAAGCUUCCUGGAGGUGUUUCUCUGGAAUACUCUAACCUCUGUAUGCCGGACCUGCCCCAUCUCCUGGCUUUCCUAUCAGCCAGCAGGGAUGUUUUGCCCAGGACACUGCUCUUGCCCCCUCCCACUCUAAGGCCAGGAGACCAACAAACAGGUCUUGCACAGACUGGCGGCGUCCAACUCAACAUCUCGGAGAAGGUGCUCCCCGUGGUGAACAAGCUGUACCUGGAGACCCACGGAGGGUGGGGUUUGGAGCAGAUCACCGCAGAGACAUCUCCAGGGACUGCAGAAAGACACAGUUCAGCCCCCAGGAACCCUGCCCCUCACCGGGUCUCCUGGGUCGAAGGCCCGCUCAGCCCAGAAGGAUACCAUCCGGGGCCAGCCCUAGCCAGCCUGGUGGAGGAGAAAGAGAAGGAGGACGAGGACGAGGACGAGGACAGCUACAAAGAUGAAGAGAAAGGACCUGACGAUGUUCUCACCCAUCACAUCCAGGCUCUGGCCAGGGCCCGGAGCAACUACGUGGGCAGGCAGUUCCAGGGCCUUCGAGCCCGCCUCACCUCAAAUGCUGGAGGGCCCCACAGGCCCGGGGACCCAGCCACAGAGCUGCUUCAGGAUGUGCGGCACCUCCUUACCGACCUCCAGGAUCACUUGUCAAAGGACCCCGACGUCAGGGCUGUCUUUGGGAGCCGGGGGCCUGGGGUCCCCCAGAAGGAGGAGGAUCUUGGCGCCGCGUUGGAGGCCGCCCUGUGCCGGGCGGUGCUGGAGCCCCUGAAGCCCGCCCUGUGGACGCGACUCCGGACGCUGCGAGCCCGGGAGCUGCGGCGACUGCGGCAGCGACAAACAGCCCUGCGGGCGGGGGCGGGGCCUGAGGGGCAGGGCCCCGCCCCCGCCCUGCGGAGCCGCAUCCACGCGCGCCUGGAGCACCUCCACGCCGCCUGCGCCCCACGCCGCAAGGUGGCGCUGCUGCUGGAGGUGUGCAGUGAGGUUUACGCGGGCCUGGCUCAGGGCGAGGACCAAGAGCCCCUGGGGGCCGACGCCUUCCUGCCCGCGCUGACGGAAGAACUGAUCUGGAGUCCGCACAUUGGGGAGACGCAGCUGGACGUGGAGUUUCUUAUGGAGCUCUUGGAUCCGGACGAGCUGCGGGGAGAAGGUCCAACUGCCCUUUGAGGAGCCAUGGGCAAGAGACACUGUGCCCAGAGACGGACUAUGAUAAGGGGUCCCACAUCCUCCUGUUCCUCAGGCAAGAUUCGGGAGGCGCCAGGACAGACCGAUUUCUGACCCCUGUUGGUUUAGGUGCCAGGAGGCGGCGAGGUUCCCCGGAACAGACCCACCUCUGGGCCUUUGCAUUGGCUACUCUAUUCUCUAGUAUUUAUAUCGCUCCGUCCCUCCGUUCCUUCAGGUCUUUAGGUGGCUGUCACCUUCUCGGGGAGGCUCUCCCAGACACCCUGUGUAAAAUUGCACCUCCUCUGGCUUGACCCUUCCUGCGGCAGGCAGAAUAAUCCCCCCCCCCCAAGACAUCCACCUCCUGAUCCCCCAAAUCUGUGAAUAUGUUACCUUACAUGGUCAAAGGGACCUGGCAUAUGUGACCAAAUGAAUGAUCUUGACAUGGGGAGAUUAUUCUGGAUCAUCCUGGUGGACCGGUAACAUCACAGGAGUCCUCUUAGGAGGGAGGCGGGAGGGUCAGAGUCAGAGAAGGAGAGGUGAUUUUGUAAGCAGAGGUCAGAGUGAUGUGGCCAGGAGCCAAAGACUUGUCUAGAAGCUGAAAAAGACGGGGAAUGGAUUCCCCCCUGGAACCUCCAGAAAGAAUUCGGCCUUUGAUUUAGGCCCUACGACCCGUUUUGGACUUCUGACCUUUAGAACUGCAAAAUAAUACAUUUGUGGUUUUUUGAGCCACUACAUUUGUGGUAAUUUGUUACAGCAGCAACAGGAAGCUGAUAUACUCUCUUACCCCAAUCUUUAUUUUUCUUCCAUAGAAAUGAUCACUUCCUAACAUACCAUAAAAUGUACAUAUUUAUUGUGUUAAUUGUCCAUAGGCUCCCGUCCCUUAGAACAGCACAGCACCAUCCAAGAGAAAUACAAUGCAAGCUAGGUAUGCAAUUCUAAAUAUUCUAGUAGCUACAUUACAGAAAAGUAAAAACUCAAGUGAAAUUAACUUUAAUAACCUAUUGGAUUUAACUCAGUGUAUCCCAAAGGUUAUCACUCGUAACAUGUGAUCAAUAUCCAAAAAUUAGGGGCUCCUGGCUGGCUCAGUCAGAGGAGCGUGUGACUCUUGAUCUCAGGGUCGUGGGCUCGAGCCCCACGUUAGGUGUAGAGAUUACUUAAAAA